AUGGAUGUAGAUAUUUCAGACCUAAAAGAGAUAGAUUCAGUUUCACUUGAAAAGGAAACUUGUAAGAAAUUUGAUGAGUUGCGUUUUUUGCAGGAGAUAUUGAAAUGGUUGACCCCAAAGAUAAGAGAAAAGAACAAGGAGCAUAGCAAGUACACGAAAUUCUACGAUAAUAUCAAAAAAAUAAUUAAAUUUAAACUGAACCAUGAGUCAAUAGUAGGAGGAGAGUGCGAAAUAAAUUAUGAACUGGUAAAUGGGAAUAAAAUAAUCAUCGACAAUGAAGAAUUAAUCAUUUCUGAUUUAACACAUGAACAAAAUGAAAUACAAGCAGAAAGAACAAAAAACAAGAUUAUAGGAAAUUUAGAAAUAGUGGUGUUUGGUGAAGAAAAUGUAGUAAAGCUCGAGGAAAAUAGGUUCAUUCCACUUAAUUAUUAUAAUAAGCUGUAUUCUCACCAGAAAAGAGCACUAAGCUGGCUAGUAAAACUGGACUGCGAAAAUCUGGGAGGAAUACUUGCAGACGAUAUGGGCCUGGGUAAAACCAUAACAUUGCUAUCCUUGAUUAAUUGUAUUGUGUAUUCCUCAUAUGUGAAUAAAUCACUGAUGAAAAAAAGCACACGUACAGUUGAAAACAGAAGACAACACAGUAACAAUCGGCCAAAUAAGAAUGUCGAAACGGAAGAAAAUGAAGAUGAAAAUGGUGAAUCUAAAAUCACAAGAAUAUUAAUAUGGAAAAACGAAAUCGAUAAAUGGAUAUUUAAAGGAGUUAAAUAUUACAUAUUGCACUCAAACUAUCUUGACACUUGUUAUACAGUGGAAAAUGAUUUAGAUUACGUGAGUGAACCCCCGUUUUUGAUUUACUUGAUUGGAUACGAAUAUUUAAGAAUUAAUAUUGAGAAUGUCAAUAGCUACAAAUGGCAUUAUUUGAUUUUAGACGAAGGGCAGAAGAUAAGGAACCCAAAUUCACUGACCUCUCUGUCAGUCAAGACAAUAAAAACUACCCAUAGAAUUAUAUUGUCAGGUUCACCAAUCCAAAAUAACCUUGUCGAACUCUGGUCACUAAUUGAUUUCAUAAUACCAAACUAUCUUGGAUCACUUUCUUCCUUUGUGGAAGAUUUCGUUAUCCCAAUUAACAAUGCCAAAUAUGAAUCCAACAAGUACAUGAACAAACUUAAACUCCUGAUUCUCCCAUACAUCUUCCGUACCGUCAAGUCUAACAAGUCUAAAAAUACACUUUUUAAUAGUCUUGUUAAUCCCAUUGAUGUAGAUUCCAAUACACCUACCAGAGUUGAAUCUGAAGGCUCCUGUUCUUCUGGAAUGUUACCCUCUAAUUUAAAUUCGAAAGAAACAGAUGGACUUUCAACAAACGAGGGAUAUGGCGUUGUUUCUUCAAACUCAUAUAAUAACAGUCUACUAAAUCUAAAAGGUGAUCAGGAAAAUAGUGGAAUAAUGACUAAUAAUGAAAUAGAUUUACCUAACAAGAAGGAGAGAAUAAUACUGUGUAAUUUAACAAUGGAACAAUAUAAGCUAUACGUAGGUGUUUUGAACAAGUUCAACUACAUAAUACGUGACAGAUUUGAAACCAAAGGCGGAUUUAAUAAAGAUUUUGCGAAAACAAUGAAUAAGGAACUCAAUCAAGAUAAAAACAUUUUGAGACUAAUUUCAAUUUUGCGUAAAAUAUGUAAUCACCCCAAAAUGCUAGACUCGCGCUAUAUUAACAAAUAUUUCUAUCCAAAUGAUUGUAUCAACGGCUCCUUAACUGAUUCAGUUAAUAGGUCACCAUCAAGAAACUUAACGAGUUUACUUAAUAGUUCGCCCUAUAGGUUUAACUUAGUGCUGAAUAAUCAACUUGAAAUUUCUAAUCUAAAUGGCAAAAAUACUCAAAGUCCAAGCAGGAGAAGGAUAGAAUCAGCAGGUAGCAGCAAGUUGAAUGUAAGUUUGAAGAUAAUAGAAAUGUGGAAGAAGGAGAAUAAGAAAAUACUGCUAUUUACACAGACAACAACCAUGUUAAAUAUAAUUUAUGACCACCUGUUGGAAAUUUAUGACAAGGACGAAAUCCUUAUUUUAUUUGGAAAACAUACCGUAAGUAACAGAAAUAAAAUAAUUGAACGGUUUUCUACUGACGACAAGGUAUUCAUAAUGAUUUUGACUACUAAAGUGGGAGGAAUUGGACUAAACUUGACGGCAGCCACAAGAAUUAUUAUUUAUGACCCAGACUGGAACCCAAUGACUGACAUGCAAGCAAAGGAACGUUGUUAUAGAAUCGGACAAAAGAACGAAGUUAUUAUUUACAGACUAAUAACAGCCAGCACCAUAGAAGAAAAAAUCUACCAAAGACAACUCUACAAGUACUAUUUAUCUCAGCAAAUCCUCAGCCACAACAACUCCUUCUACAACAAGUACAUCAACAAUUUACAGUACCUGAUCACAUAUCCUAAACCACCCAUUGUUUUCCCCACCAAAUCCCCAGUAGAGUCAACUUCCUCCACCCCGAAUUCAACCUCCAACAUAGUAAUGAGCAACACUGAGCUUAGCCGUGGAGUUGAUACCAACUUGCACCUUAACCAAGUUUGUGAUCAAAAUGAAGAUCAGAAAGGUGAUGAGAUAUACCACCUGAUCAAUAACAAUGAGAAUAUAAGUUCUUUCAUAAACUACAAUGAUGUUAAUCUUCCCACCGAAAACGAAUACAGUUUUCUAAGAAGCCAUCGCAGAACCCGUAAGCCAUGUAACAUAGAUGGGGAAGUAAAGAAGAACAAGUUACUGUUUAAUUUAAAACGCAAUAAUAACAAAAACCUCACAUAUAUAAUUACAGACCACAUAAUGAACUAUUUCAAAAACAAAAAUAACAAAUCCAUAACCACAGAAAAGGUAUCUUUUCUUUAUUCUCACUCAUUUUUUAGUUGA